ACGUUUUUUAACAGCAAUUAAAAUGGAGACGAUUUUAUUUUUACGUUUGAGUCUCAACUACAUUAGAGUACUUAAUGAAUCAUUCCAGUCAUAUUUCAUUGGCAAAUAUUUGUGUUUUCCGGCGGUUUCUAAACAAAACUCAACGCUCCUUCCAAACGGGAGUAGCCGUUUCCAUAGAGACAUGGCUGUCUAUGGCAAGCGAUGCUAGAAGGCGAUUUCUGGCUCUUUAAAAGCUCCAACAAUGUCACAGCUUUCUGCUGGCGAUGAGGUGCAACUACAGUCUCUCCUCAAGCAGCUGCUGAGAAGCAUCAGCGACAAGAUCUCUGGAGCGCCGUCCACUGAAUGUGCCGAGGAGAUUCUCCUUCACCUGGAGGAGACCGAUAAGAAUUUCCACAACUAUGAGUUCGUCAGAUACCUCCGCCAGCAUGUGGAGAGCUCUCUGGGUCCGGUGGUGGAGGAUGAGUUACAGAACCUGACCAGAGGAGGACAACAUGUAGUCGAACCCGGACAGGACACCUCAAUUCACGCCGUGACUCGGAGAACUAGAUACUCGGCUCAGUACCAUCAGAUGCUGCAGACGUUAAAAGCCACCAUGAUGGUGGUCGUAGAGUCUCUGAUCAACAAAUUUGACGAGGACCAGCUGAGAAAAGAGGAGAUGCACCGAGAGAUUGAACGCUGCCAGUCCAACAGUCAGUUCGCUGAUAACUGCUCAGACAGCGACUCCUCCUUCAACCAGAGCUACGCCUUCAUCAGACAGGAGCAGCUGCAGCUUCUGGCUGAAAAACUUGACUCCAGCAAGCCCAAAGAGGUGCGACGUGAGGCUCUGCAGGCUCUCUGCUGCGCUACUCCGUCCGACGUGCUGAGCUGCGAGAGCUGGAGCACGCUACGCACGAACCUCUGCUCUGCUCUCACCGAACCCGACCUCAGCGAGAAAGUCCUGCAGUUUUUCGCUAAAAGCUUUUCUUCAUCGCCGCUAAAUGUGACCAGAGAGAUUUACACCUGCUUGGCAAAGAGUGUGGAAUCGGCUUUUCUGUCUCAGAGGUUAAGCUUCCCAACCAGAUCAGCUGCUGUCGACAUCAACAGUCCUCACAUCAGUCGUCUUCUCAAACAGAUUCGACUGAUGAAUGAUUUCCAGAAGGAGGUGACGACCUUCUGGAUCCGUCACCCGGAGAAAUACAUGGAGGAGAUUAUAGAGAGCACUUUCUGUCUUUUGUCCUUCCAUCAUGACCAUGGCUCAGCUGGAACAGAGAAAACAUUGGAACCGAUCCAUUUGCUGUCCUUACUGGACAUUAAAGCCACCUGGUUUAAUAAGUGGAUGCAUGGUUACUACAGCAGGACGGUGGUUCUCAGGCUCCUUGAGAGAAAAUAUAAGACUCUGAUUGUAUCGGCUCUUCAGCAGUGUUUACAUUUCAGUGAGUCCUUUGAACGUAGUUCAGGUGAGGCUGCUGAUUCUCAUGCGGAGGACUCCAGUGACCCUGGUUUGCUACAGAGAGGCGUUUUUACCAGGAGGGAUCUUGAGUAUUCGUUCUUUGUUCACUCUUUAUGCAUCCUGGGUAAACUCAUCAUCUACACCAACGGACGAAAACUCUUUCCUAUCAAAAUUAGGAAACACAAAGACCCGGUUAGUCUGACAGACCUGCUUGUCAUCCUGAUUAACAUCAUGUAUCGACACCCCCGACCUUCGAACGGCGACUCGUCACUGACAGGCUCGCUGUCGCCCAGCUGUCUGGUGAUGGAGGUGCUGUGGAUGUUAUGUGAACGAACAGAAUGUGCUGCUGAUUGUCUUCUCCAGACUCCUGUUAUUGAGACUCUGCUCACACCUGUUGUUGCUCUCCUCAAUGCACAACAGACUAACUUGAAGAAUCCUGCAGCCACUCUGAUUCUCAUCGCCGACGUUUUGGCUCGCAUCGCGAACACCGACAGAGGAUUAGCGCUUUUCCUGUACGAGAAGAACCUUGUCGUUGCCCACAGUGAAAAAACCUUCGCUGCUCACAUCGUCGUCCAGUUCACCUUGAGGCUGCUGAAUAAAGCCCUGCCGUCUCUAAGUGAAUCAGACACAUCUCAGACGUUAUGCGGAGCUUUCAUCUUUGUUUGUAGACAGAUGUACAACACCUGUGAGGGUCUGCAGGUCCUGCAAACAUAUGGCCUGCACAAAGCCAUCGCUGCUGCCUGGAAGAAGACGAGUUCUUUAUCAGAAAGGAUCCCAACUCCAGUUUCUGGAUCCUGCACUGGACCAUCUACCCAGGAAACGGCAAACAUGCUUGUCUGGGAGGAAACUUUGUUGGGCAGUCUGCUGAACUUUGCUGCGACCCCUAGAGGCCUUUUGCUGCUACAGCAGACAGGUGCCAUCAACGAAUGCGUCUCCCACAUGUUCUCUCGCUUCACCAAAAAGCUGCAGGUGAGUCGCUGUGAGAAGUUUGGAUACGGAGUGAUGGUGACACAGGUAGCGGCGACCGCUCCAGGGGUUGCAGCUCUGCACAGCUCAGGUUUUGUCAGAUUGCUGAUUGUGGAUCUGUGGUCGGCUCUCGAAUGUGGAAGUGAUGAUGCCAGAGUCGUCCGACCCAAACCGACCCCCAUGGACUCCAUAGACAGAAGCUGCCUCAAGUCCUUCCUGUCCCUGGUCAACCUCCUGUCCUCCUCCUCCUCCGUUUGGGAGCUUCUGUGCCGACAGCCGUUGGCGAACAAGAGCGAAUACAGCCUGAGAGAAAUCCCAUCCUCCAUACCUGAUUUGAUUGACAGGCUGGUUGCCGUGGAUUCGGAUGUGAAGAUCCACUCGCUGUUCCAGUACGAGCAGUCGCACACCUUCGGCCUGAGACUGCUCAGUGUGCUCUGCUGCUGCUUGGACUCCUUCCUGCUGCUGGAGAGCCAGUACAACAUCUGCUGCACGCUGCUGCAGAGUCAGAGGGAAAACGUCGCUGACCAAGACGCCACAGACGGGGCGAUCAUCAUCGACAGCCUGUCGGUGGAGAGGAAUCACGUCUUGGUUCGUGUUCAUGUGGUCGGAGGUCCAUCUGAGAGGCGGCUCCCCUCUCGAGCCCUGGAAGAGGGAGAACUUCCUUACUCUUGGCCGAUGUUUCUAAGCUAUCCUCCUCCAUCCUGCUAUGUUCCAACGUUACAGGUCAAAAACGACACACAAGAAUGUGAGAUUAGUACAUUUCUGGCUUCAUCCAAAGAACCAAGAGAUGAGGAGAGUUGGUUGGAGAUCUGCCAAAGACAUUUCUGCAAAGCCAUAAAAUCAAAACCCAACACUUUAACUGGGAAAGUGCUGGCUGACCUUCUGGAGAAAGUUGUGGUCCAUUUAUCCAGCUCUGCCUCCGGAAGCUUCUUCUCUGCAGCUCAGUACAAAGCAGAGGAGAAAAACGUAAAAAAUGUUGCCUUAUCGUCUGUGGAGCAGCUGGGAAUCCAAACAUGCUUCAGGUAUGGCUGCUACCUCCAAGUACUACAGGAAGACGCAGAGAGCGGCUUGGAGCUGUUGAUGAAACACAUGAAGAACUUCCUGUCGACACAGAGAGUGACGACCUCAUCGGCUCUUGAGAGUCUGCAGGACGGGUAUCCGGGCCACGACUGGCUGGCCUCCACAGUUUUCCUCAUCAUGGCAGGAAACGUGGAGCGAUCUUUGCAUCUGCUGCUCAACCUCUCCUGCCAGCUUUCCUCUGCGUUCAUCUGGCCUGCAAGGAUUCACGCAUCUGUUCACGUCCCUCAGGAAGUAGCCGAAUCGGGAAUCUCUCCAGUCUACUGGUGCACGGCUCAUUAUGUGGAGAUGCUGCUGAAAGCUGAGGUCCCUCUGGUCCAUUCUGCCUUCAGGAUGUCUGGCUUCACUCCUUCACAGGUGUGCCUCCACUGGCUCACUCAGUGUUUUUGGAAUUAUCUGGACUGGACCGAGAUCUGCCAGUACAUCUGCACCUGUGUGCUGAUGGGUCCAGAUUACCAAGUCUACCUGUGCGUGGCUGUUUUCAAACACCUGGAGCCUGAGAUCCUGGAGCGCACGCAGUCCCAAGAGCUGCAGAUCUUCCUGAAGGAGGAGCCGAUUAAAGGGUUUGAGUUCAGCGGCUACCUGGAGUUCAUGAUGGGACUUCAGCGCAGCUACCGGGAAAUCGUUCUGACCGACAUGGAAAGCAUCAGAAACCCUCCAGAGUAAAACCUUCACUCACAUUCUGGUCGCUAAGUUGGAGAUAUUCGAACAAUAUCUGAGCAUAAUGGAGUAAUUUAAGCCUAGAUGUCUGAAAUAUUUAUGUGUAACUGUGUUUUCUGCCUGGUGAAUAAACAGAAUAACUGCAGUGAGAUUAUAUUGGAUCCCAACAUUCAGCUUCCAUCCUCACCAUGAAAAUCUCCACCAGAUCAUAUCUGUAAAAAUGUGUUUAUUUUGGGAGUAUUGUACACAAAACUUGGUGUUUAUUUAUUCCUAUUGUGUAAAUAUUAAUUCCUGAGUUUUUGUAUGAAGAUGUUCUCGUUCUGAAGUAUUAAAAUAAGGUUUUCAAUUCA